AUGUCGGCGAACCGUGAACAGGUGUUCCCCACGCGGAUGACGCUUGGGGUGAUGAAGUCCAAGCUCAAAGGGGCCCAGCAGGGCCACCUGCUUCUAAAAAGAAAGUCAGAGGCGCUCACCAAGCGGUUCCGCGACAUCACCCAGCGUAUUGACGACGCCAAGCGCAAGAUGGGGCGGGUGAUGCAAACGGCGGCGUUCUCGCUUGCCGAGGUCCAGUACGCCACUGGCGACAACAUUGGCUACCAGGUGAGUGAGCUGGUGUCGAGCACUGCCCGCUUCCAGGUGAAGGCGAAGCAAGAAAACGUGUCUGGUGUCUACUUGCCGACGUUUGAACCCUAUAUCAACGAGGAUAUCAACGAUUUCAAGUUGACGGGGCUUGGUCGAGGCGGGCAACAGGUUCAGAAGGCGAAGUUGGUGUACACCAAGGCGGUGGAGACGCUUGUGGAGUUGGCGUCGUUGCAAACGGCAUUCAUCAUUUUGGACGAAGUUAUCAAAGUGACUAACCGCAGAGUCAAUGCCAUUGAACACGUGAUUAUCCCUAGAACCGAGAACACUAUUUCCUAUAUCAAUUCCGAGCUUGACGAGUUGGACAGAGAGGAGUUCUACCGGUUGAAGAAAGUUCAAGAAAAGAAGCAGAUUGCCGCGGCGGCAGAAGAAGCCGAGGACGCGGAAAAGAAGCUCAAGGCAGGUGCCGACGUCACUGACGAGGCGAGCCAGGCGGCUAACGUCGGCGAUAACGACGAGCCUGGGUUAUUACAAGACGACGACGAUGUCAUUUUUUAG